UGUGGUAUCACAUCAGGGAUCUUCUCAGCGUAAAAGAAAAAAAGAGACGAUCUUUUGUUUUGCUUCUUCUUCUUUUGAAGAUAUCGAUGGAGGGAGAGAGACACGCUUGUCUGACGGAUGCCUGAGCUCCCCAACAUCUCUCUCUCUCAACCAACCGCGGGCGCAAUGGGAUGUUGUGAGUCUGCUUUUAUUGCCGAGAAGGGUAACAGAGAUGGAAAACGGAAACCGAAUCAGCAACAGAAAGAUGGGUCGGCGCCAAACGGGUCAAAGGAGGGGGAGGCAGAUGGAGUACCCAGUUUCUCUGAGUUCUCACUGGCCGAUUUGAGACUUGCCACCAACAAUUUUAGCUCGGAUUUCAUUGUUUCUGAGGGUGGGGAAAAGGCCCCCAAUCUUGUCUACAAGGGGAGGCUACAGAAUAAGAGGUGGAUUGCUGUGAAGAAGUUCACUAAGAUGGCGUGGCCUGAACCCAAACAGUUCGUGGAUGAGGCUUGGGGGGUCGGGAAAUUGCGCCACCGACGGCUUGCGAAUUUGAUCGGGUAUUGCUGCGACGGCGACGAGCGACUCUUGGUUGCAGAGUACAUGCCCAAUGAUACUCUUGCCAAGCAUCUUUUUCACUGGGAAACACAGACGAUUGAGUGGGCUAUGCGUCUGAGAGUGGCCCUUUAUAUUGCUGAGGCUUUGGACUACUGCAGUAAUGAAGGUCAUCCUUUGUACCAUGAUCUCAAUGCUUACAGAGUUCUUUUUGAUGAGAAUGGUGACCCAAGGCUUUCUUGCUUUGGCCUUAUGAAAAACAGCAGAGAUGGGAAAAGUUACAGCACGAAUCUUGCUUAUACACCUCCAGAAUAUUUACGCACUGGAAGAGUUACUUCUGAGAGUGUAAUUUAUAGUUAUGGCACAGUUCUUCUGGAUCUACUUAGUGGCAAGCACAUUCCUCCUAGCCAUGCUCUUGAUAUGAUAAGGGGAAGGAAUACAUUGGCUUUAAUGGAUUCACAUUUGGAUGGCAAGUUUUCACCUGAAGAGGGGACAACAGUUGUCGGACUGGCUUCCCGCUGUUUGCAGUAUGAAGCUCGUGAACGUCCUACUCCUAAGAAUCUUAUUGCUGCUCUGGUACCUCUGCAGACAAAACCCGAAGUGCCUUCUUAUGUGAUGCUGGGGAUUUCCAAGCGUGAGGAAGCAGCUCCUACGUCUCCACAACAUCCACUCUCCCCACUUGGUGAAGCCUGUUCUAGGAUGGAUCUUACAGCUAUACAUCAGUUAUUGGUGACAGCACACUACCGGGAUGACGAGGGAACCAACGAGUUGUCAUUCCAAGAGUGGACACAGCAAAUGAGAGACAUGCUAGAGGCAAGGAAGCGUGGGGACUUUGCAUUUCGUGAUAAGGAUUUCAAAACAGCCAUCGACUGCUACACUCAGUUUUUAGAUGUAGGAACCAUGGUGUCUCCUACGGUCUAUGCAAGACGCAGUUUAUGUCAUCUACUCUGUGACCAACCUGAUGCUGCUCUGAGGGAUGCAAUGCAAGCACAAUUCGUGUACCCAGAGUGGCCCACAGCUUUCUACAUGCAAGCAGUUGCACUUGCCAAACUAAAUAUGCACAAGGAUGCUGCAGACAUGCUCAAUGAAGCUUCUAGUCUGGAAGAUAGGCAGAAGAGUAGAAGUUCACACAGCCAGCAGCAAUAGCCAUUUGACAUAUCUUUUUCUACUCCAUUGUAACUUUGCACCGCUUCCAAAUAGGAGAAAGGAAUAUUAUCACUAUAUUGAUCAUUGGAAAUCAAAUUUCCAGAAAGAAUGUAAAAUAGACGAGGCUGGUUUUCCCCUUAAUGCAGUGCAUUUUCCAUUCGUGUA